UUUAAUUGUGAAGACUCGAAUUCGCUAAACUUGUGUUGUCUAUCUUCUUUACGUUUGUAAUUUCAAUAAAAUUCACUUACAAUUUAUUAUUAAUCUUCAUUUGUUAUAUUAAUAAAAUAGUAUAAUUUUAUUUCUAUUACAAAAUCGUUCAAUUCAAGCUUCACAUUAAAUCUUUGAAACAAUAACAUCGUAAUCAUUUUGUUGGUGGUCGGUCUUUCAUGGUGUUUUUUUAAAUAAAAUAAGUAUUUACAACAAAAUAAAUAAUAGUGCUUUAAUAAGUUAAAAAAAAGUCAUCAUGCCGACUUACGAGAUGCCAAUUUUGCUUCGUAUAAUGAAGAAGCCGGAUACAGUGGCCGCAUUGAAGAGGAUUACAAACGUUAUCUUUGAUAAAGGAGGCUUUCUUAGAAAAAUUGAUAAUCUUGGUGAACAACAGCUUCCUAAUAAAAUGUCAGUUCAUAACAAAAUUCAUAGACAUGCAAGAUAUAUUAUUUUACAUGUUGAUUUUCCUCCUCGAAGCAUCCCGAGUCUGAUGGAUGAAUUUAAUCGUGAUCUUGAUAUAAUAAGGAACAGAGUAUAUGUGAAACCAGAUGAAAAUGCUGAAACUCCAGAGUGUACUUGGCAUGAAGAAAUGUUACCUCCUCCAUAUAGAGCUGAUGUGCAACAAUUGAUGAAAGUAUCUGAAGACACCCGAAAGAAAAAGGUUCCCCAAUUCCAAUUCAAUUCGGGACUAGAUUAUUAUCCAUUCCAAAGGUAAAUUAAAAAAGUUAAAAUCAGUAGUGAUGAUUAAAAAUGUACAUAGAGUAUAUUAAUAAAAAAAAACAAUUUUUACAUA